GUAUGGCCUGAGAAACUUCUGACUGUACAGAACUGACACUAGAUUUGGGACUUAAAUCAGCCACCAGCAUAAGACUUGAGUGCAUGGGUUGGAUGUGGCAGUUCAAAUAUGUAUUGAGCUGACUGUUAGAUGGAACAAUUCUCUAAGGAUAAGCAAAGUGAUUGAUCUUGGUGUCGUUAAAAAUGUUGCAGUAUGUCAGAUGUUAAGCAUGUUUUGAUUUGUUCCAGUAGCCGGAUCGAGCUGGGAGAUGUGACGCCACACAACAUUAAGCAGCUGAAGAGGCUAAACCAGGUCAUUUUUCCUGUCAGCUACAAUGACAAGUUCUACAAGGAUGUACUGGAGGUUGGCGAACUUGCCAAACUAGCCUAUUUCAAUGAUAUUGCAGUGGGAGCAGUGUGCUGUAGGGUGGAUCACUCCCAGAACCAGAAGAGACUGUACAUCAUGACACUUGGAUGCCUGGCACCCUACCGAAGGCUAGGAAUAGGAACUAAAAUGUUGAAUCAUGUCUUAAACAUCUGUGAAAAAGAUGGCACUUUUGACAACAUCUAUCUGCAUGUGCAGAUCAGCAACGAGUCUGCAAUUGACUUCUACAGAAAGUUUGGCUUUGAGAUCAUUGAGACGAAGAAGAACUACUACAAGAGGAUAGAGCCGGCAGACGCGCACGUGCUGCAGAAAAACCUCAAAGCCCCUUGUCUUGGCCAGAACGCAGAUGUGCAAAAGAACGACAACUGAACAAAACCCCAGCGGACACUUUCUUGCACUUGCUUGUCGCCAAAUAAGGAAAGAGAGGCCUCUUUUUUUUUCUUUUCUUUUUUUUUUUUUUUUUUUUUGGUUGGUUGGUUGGAUUUUUGUUUUGUUAUGGAUUUUUGUUUUAACUCCACCCCUUCAUCUUAUUUUUUUUUUCCUUGACCUCUCUCCAGCAAAAUGUAAUGCUUCUUCCAAGGAUUGUCCAAUCAUGUUUGGGGUUGGGUUUUGGUUGGUUUUGGAUUUUUUUUUUUUGAGCUCUCCUUUCUGGUGUUUUUUGUUUUUUUGAGGGCAGGGGGGCUGAUUUUUUGGUUUGUUUUUUUUUUUUUUUUGUUGGGGUGGGAAAAGGUGUGCAGAUCUCUUUUAAGUUUGAGGUGUGGAGGGCUUGAGCAGGUUAUCCUGAUGACAAGUUUCCUUCAGAAUUAUUCUUUCAGUAAGCAGAAUGUAAACCCAAUGGGGGGGAAAAGGCAAAGCAAUAUCUUGUCCUUUGAACUCCUACAUUAUUGUGUUUUUUAUAACCUACAGGGUACUUUACUGUCCCCCAACCUUUGAAUGUUACUUCAGUACUUCCCAUUUUUCCUUUAAUUCCCCCACCUCAAAAAAGUAUAUUUAGUUCUUCCCAAUAUUUUUGAGUAUGGCUUUUUCCUCCAUCUUUUGCUGAGAAGGGUGGGCUUCUUUUCCAUACCUUUUCACUCUGCCUGGGCUGAUCUUUUUGGAUGCUUUUUUUAAAAUACUCCUCACCCAAGCUGGUGCUACACUUCUUAACUGACUGAGAGGAGGAUUUAGAGUGGUCUUUGUUUUUUCUUAUUUUCAUUUACCCAACUCCCAGCAGACUUUUGCCAGAGCAAGAGCUAGAUCUGGUGUUGGCAAGAAUAACCUUGUAAAAAUACAGAUCCUGAGGCAACACCCUUGCUUUUAAAAUGGGUGAAAUUCUGCAGGGCUCAUUGAGAGUUAGUUUAUCUGUGUUGUUGGGAUGGAAAAAGUGACUGUGACCACCUUACCAGCUUUGAUGACAUAAAGCAAGCACCUGUCUCCAGAUGACUUUGUUACAGCUACUGAAUCUGUGGUGACACAUGUAAGGGUUGAGGAAACCAGGCAGCAAGGCUAAGAAGGCAGACAUGAAUCUGACCUUAAUCACAUAGCUUUGCAGGGUCUCCUGGAUUUGCUUGGGAUUGGCUUGACUUGCUGUGUUUAUGAGCUCCUUUGGGAGGAGGUGGUGAAGAACUGCGUGGUUUUGCUCCUUUGAAGAUUAUUUUCCCCUUCCCCUGUUGAGUAGUAAUAAUGCAGUUCUCCUCUGGUGAGAGGGUGUUGGUGGAGCACCGGAGAAAGCAGCGUAUAUUAGAGCAUUUUAUGGGUUUGGAAAAUAGGCUGGCUGGCUUCUUCCUAGUACUGUAACUUUGAGGCUACAGUAAACUGUACUAAGCUCUGCUUUGCAUCCUUUCAUGCUUUGUUUGCGUGAAUACCAGUGCUCCUUUCUAGGCACUGUUGCCAGCAAUUUUAUGUAUGCCAAUAUAAAUACCAGCUUGAGCUUGGACUCUUCUCCAAGCAUCUGGGAAAGUGCACUGAGCUGAGACAACACCAACCUGCCCCAUCCCCCAUGUAGAUGCUGAACUGUAUUCUUUUCCUGUUUGUUUUUUCAAGUUUAGAUCUGCAUCUUGAAUUCUUCCGCUCUGAAAGCCUCCAACCUGUAGUGUGCAUUGCAGCAUACAUCUGGUUAGUAGGUGCUGUCCAGUCCUUAGAGGGUGACUUGGAAACCAAGGAUUCCAAAAUGGGAAUUGUGGUGAGGCAAGGGAUGGCACCCCUCGCUGCACAUCCGGUGGUCUUUGAUACCCCAGGGAUGACUAUACCAGCUGCUACACAGUUACUCCUUCUUUGACAGAGGGGUGUAGCAUUUGUGUGAGUGCAUCUUGACAGACCUGUGCUGGAAAACGGCUGCUUAUUUUGCUGAGUUUGCACUAAUGGAGUCCUGGAGAUGGGCAGGUGGCCAACGCCAGCCCAUCUGCAUGGCCCGAGCACCUGCGUUCGCAACACGUGGUGGCAGACUCUGGCUGGAGAGAUGCAAACGGUUCCCGUGGCCAGAGGCAGCCUAGUUCUGACAAAAGCUCAUUUUCAGUACAGCUAGGGCCUGCUCGUGGUGGUUAUGUCGGCAGCCCGGCAUCUUUCUAGAAGGGGAUGUAUCGAAGCACAAUUGUCUUGUCAUAUGCCAACAUAGUUUCCCUGGCCAUCUGUAGACCAAACCAAGAGAAGUAUGUGGAGGGAGAGAGAGAUAGUAUUGUAUUUGAAGGUGUUGGUGCAGCACAGCUGUAACUCAGACCAUAGCUGCCUCUGGUGCCAAGCAAAGUGCUCUUCAUUCUUCUAGAACUAAGUGGUAAGUGUUUGGGUUGGGUAGAUGGGUGUGGGGAUAUGAACUCUUAGGAUUUGCUGUUGUCGUAGGCUUCCACAAAUCAGUGUGUUUCACAGACAGUUAUUCUUCAGGUUUCAAAGUACAAGUCUGAUGUCUGAACUUACUUGGAUUAACCUUUGUUUCUGUCUCUUUUUGCUUUGGGCUGCCAUCAUUCUAUGAAUGUAUCCAUGAGAACAAUUCUUAAAGCUCCUAUUCCACAGCAGACCUGCCUCAUUGUAACUUCUAACAAAAUGUUUUGUAGGAGGCGGAAGAGAGAAUAAAUCUAAGACUCCUUUUUCCCAGGCUAUUAAUCCUGGAAAACAGUUGUUGAAUCUUGAAUACAAGGUUUAAUCUGAAUCUUAAGGAAACUGUGUUCCCUGUACAUGGGUAAGGGCAAGUGAAGGUCAGUAGUUCUGGAUGACAAACAGUUGUAUUUUAUUAGUCUACCAGUUGUGUUGAGUGAGGGAGGAGAGUGCUGUAUUUUAGUGCUGUUACCUGGAGACACUGAAAUUGUGUGAAGUAUGGGCUUACUGCAGAGAACUUCAGUUACUUUGGUUGUUGCUGCAGGAGGACAUCCUUCUAGUUUGAAAAUAACAGCUUGUGAACAACUCAAUUUUUGCGAAGUUGGGAGUUUCAGUGGGGGGAAAAAAAACCACCAGCACCUCCUGUUCUGGAUGAAGAUCUAGCAAGAAAAAGUAUGCAACUAAGAGCUUUAGAGUGUAAAUUGUGUACAUACAAAUUACUCCUGAAUCUCUGCAACUGGCUUUGUCACACAUCGGUUCAAGUAUGAAGAUAUUACCUACAAAAAGACUCCUACUUGAGGAAACCAUGGUACAGGAGAAAAAGAAUCAUCCAGAAGAGAGAUCCCUCAUUUUUGGGAGGGGUAAGGGGGAAGAAUGUAUUUAGUGUAUACAGAAACUGGCUGAGUUUACAUGAUGCAGCUAAUGGUUAAACCUGCCAACUAAAUAUGACAUACUGUUACAAUUGAAACAAACUUACAUGCUAUUUAGUUAAAUCUUGAUGGUGCCCUGUGUCUAGUAAAAAUUUGAUCCUCCAAAUUGUUUUAUUCUCCCCCAUGUUGUAAUCCAGGGUCAGCUGCUAUGCACAAUGUCUGUGUUUUGUAAAGUGUUUGCUGACUUGGAUGUUUCUUUUGAAUCUGCAACUGCUUCCUGAUUAAUUUGACUAAGACCACCCCUGCUCUCUUGAGUUAGGAUUUAGUGAAAGGUAUGCUGUAUGCAGUUUACAGAUGCAUUCUCAAUGUUACAAGUUAAGUUGCAGGGGGAGCAAAUUCUUUACAAUAAGAUGGUCCAUUUUUAAUCUAUAUCAUUGCCCUUGUUGUACAUCAGGAGCAUGUUUUUGUUUUUCUCAAACUCUUUAGAAAUACCGUUCAGAAUAAACGUGCACUAUUUGAGUUAUGUCA